CACUUGGAUAGGGCGAUUCGUGGACAUUUUGAGAAGUGUAGCACAAGUGCGUGGAAAAAAGGCUAAGAAAAAUCUCUUUCUGUGACUAUCCAGUGGUGAAAAAAGGGCAGUGACUUGCGAAAAUGGAUGAGGAGUACGAUGCGAUUGUCCUGGGCACGGGCCUCAAGGAGUGCAUCCUCAGCGGGAUGCUCUCAGUGUCGGGCAAAAAGGUUCUCCACAUCGACCGCAAUAAAUACUAUGGUGGCGAGAGCGCCUCCAUUACGCCGCUGGAGGAGCUCUUCCAGCGCUUCAACGUCGACCCCCCGGCGGACAGGUAUGGGCGCGGGCGCGACUGGAACGUAGACCUCAUCCCGAAGUUCCUCAUGGCGAACGGGCUGCUCGUGAAGCUGCUCAUCCACACGGGCGUGACCCGAUACCUCGAGUUCAAGUCCGUGGAGGGCAGCUACGUGUACAAGGGCGGCAAGAUCAGCAAGGUGCCGGUGGACCAGAAGGAGGCCCUCGCAUCCGACCUCAUGGGCAUGUUCGAGAAGAGGCGCUUCCGCAACUUCCUGGUGUACAUCCAGGACUUCCGGGAGGACGACCCGAAGACAUGGAAGGACUUCGAUCCCAACACCAUGUCGGCUCAGGCGCUCUAUGAUAAAUUCGGCUUGGACAAGAAUACUCAGGACUUCACGGGACACGCCUUAGGACUCUACCGGGACGACGAUUACCUCGCGGAGCCGGCGCUCAACACCAUUCGCCGCAUCAAGCUGUACUCGGACUCGCUGGCGCGCUACGGCAAGUCGCCCUAUCUCUAUCCCAUGUACGGCCUGGGCGAGCUACCGCAGGGCUUCGCCCGGCUGUCCGCCAUCUACGGCGGCACCUACAUGCUGGACAAGCCCAUCGACGAGAUCGUCCUCGAUGAGGGCGGGAAGGUGGUGGGCGUGCGCUCGGGCUCCGAGGUGGCGCGCUGCAAGCAGGUGUAUUGUGAUCCUAGCUACUUUCCACAGAAGACUCACAAGAAAGGUCAAGUGAUUCGAUGCAUUUGUCUGCUGGAUCAUCCGAUUGCCAAUACGAAAGACGCCCUGUCGACCCAGAUCAUCAUUCCGCAGAAGCAGGUGGGCCGCAACUCGGACAUCUACGUGUCGCUGAUCAGCUACACGCACCAAGUGGCCGCCAAGGGGUGGUUCAUCGCCAUGGUGUCCACCACGGUGGAGACGGACAAUCCGGAGGCGGAGAUCAAGCCGGGCCUGGACCUCUUGGGGCCCAUCACGCAGAAGUUUGUGUCAAUUUCCGACUACUUGGAGGCCACGGACAAGGGCCUCGCGUCCCAGAUCUUCAUAUCAGAGUCCUACGAUGCGACCACUCACUUCGAGACCACUUGCCUCGAUGUGCUGGACAUCUUCAAGCGCGGCACGGGCGAGGAGUUUGACUUCUCGAAAAUAAAGCACGAACUGGGCGACGAGGAGCAGUAAUUGCAGAAUUGAUGUCAGUGAAAACACAUAUAAGCUACACGAUUUUCUUUUUAUAUUCCCUCAAAAAAUAUACAUUUAUCUACAGGAUGAGAUGUGAAUGUUAGGCAUGAGAAG